GUCGCAGUGGCUGGGCACACUGUGAGGGUGGUUCAGCCUCGCUGCCUUGACACGGUGCUUGACAUGUACAUUGCCAGAGAGGCGGACUCGGGCGAGCACAAGGACCCCUACUGGUGCCAGGUGUGGCCUUGCGCCCAGGCCAUGUUCCGAGAGGUUCUUGCGCACCCAGAGACAGUGCAGGGCCAGCGUGUUUGUGAUCUCGGUGCUGGAAUAGGCAUUGCUGGUCUGGCAGCACUAAUGGCAGGGGCUCGUGAAGUGGUGUUCUUUGACCGGGAGCCUCUUGCUCUUCUGUCGUGCCUCCUCACAAGCAUCGUUAAUGCUCACAGCUUUCCUCAGUCUCGCCCCUCCCCCCCGUCCUUACGGUCGCUUCAACAAUGGUUGACCUCAGCACAGCAGUCAGGUGCCUUGAAGCACCUUCUUUCUCUUGUCGCCCUUCCACCCGACCACCUCCUGCACCACCGCAUCAGUCAGGAUACAGAAACUAAUGCAUCUUCUGCAUCCCGAUCCACUGACUCAUCAUGUCAAUCUCCCCUUGAACACAGUCAGCUUUCAGUCUCCCCAGAUUUGUCUCACGUUCAUCUGCCUGCUCUUGAUGGUUCACAAGUGUCAUUGAGUGAGGCUAUCCUUAUAACAGAAGCUGCAUCUAUUUCUGCUGAAGUGCUUGACUGGUCUGACGGGGACUACUAUGGAGAAAAGUUUGACACGGUACUAGCAUGUGAUGUCCUCUAUGACCGCUCUGCCUCGUCACUUCUACCAAGACUGUUGCCAAACCUGCUGCGGCAGACGAGUUGUGCAAGUUCUGAUUUCCCCCACGUUAUUGUGAUGGACCCCACAAAUCGAUUUCCUGCCAACAGGGAGGUGUUUCUGCAACAAAUGUCUAAUGCAGUGUCAUUGGAUAAGGUUCCAAGGUUACGUUUUAAGAACACUAAAUCAACAAGUAUAGAAUCUGAUGGUGCUCACAUGCCUGUCGAAAUCAUUCAUUAUUCUGGCUGA